GGCGCGAGGAGAUCCGGAGCAUUCGCCGGCCGGGUCUGCAGAGGCGCCUGGCGCACGGCGCAAGCGGAGCCGCGGUGCUCGCCUGGGACGCGCCAGGGGGUCGCGCGGGCGGGCGGCCGCAGCUUCGGUCGCCAUGUGCGCGCAGGUCUGGCUGCUGACCGACCGGCUCAUCCGCGAAGACUACCCGCAGGUGCAGAUCCUGCGCGCGCUCCGCCAGCGCUGCUCGGAGCAGGACGUGGGUUUCCGGGCGGUGUUCCUGGACCAGAUCGCCGUCACCGUCGUCGGCGGCCACCUAGGCCUGCAGCUGAGCCAGAAACCCCUGACCACCUUCCCCGACGUGGUGGUUGUUCGAGUAUCCACACCCUCUGUCCAAUCGGAUAGUGAGAUCACCAUCCUGAGGCACCUGGAGAAGCUGGGCUGCCGCUUGGUCAACCGUCCUCAAAGCAUCUUAAACUGCAUCAACAAGUUUUGGACAUUCCAAGAGCUGGCUGGACAUGGGGUCCCCAUGCCAGACACCUUCUCCUAUGGUGGGCACGAAGACUUCUCUAAAAUGAUCGAUGAAGCUGAGCCCCUGGGCUACCCAGUGGUGGUGAAGAGCACACGGGGGCACCGGGGGAAAGCUGUUUUUCUGGCCAGAGACAAGCAUCACCUCUCUGACAUCUGCCACCUAGUCCGCCAUGAUGUGCCCUACCUGUUUCAGAAGUAUGUGAAGGAGUCACACGGGAAGGACAUCCGGGUGGUGGUGGUGGGCGGCCAGGUGAUUGGCUCCAUGCUGCGCUGCUCCACAGAUGGCCGCAUGCAAAGCAACUGCUUUCUAGGUGGUGUGGGUGUCAAGUGUCCACUGACUGAGCAAGGCAAGCAGCUGGCUAUCCAGGUGUCCAACAUCCUGGGCAUGGAUUUCUGUGGCAUCGACCUUCUUAUCAUGGAUGACGGCUCCUUCACGGUGUGUGAGGCCAACGCCAAUGUCGGCUUCCUGGCCUUCGACCAGGCAUGCAACUUAGAUGUGGGGGCAAUCAUUGCAGACUAUGCUAUGUCCCUGCUGCCAAACAGGCAGACUGGGAAGAUGGCCAUCCUCCCGGGACUGGCAAGUCCCAGGGAGAAGAACGAGGCAAAUGGUUGCGUUUCAGCUCAGGGAGUUGCAGAGAGUGUCUAUGCCAUCACCAAUGGGUCUACCUCUAGUGAGAGUGAGCCUGAACUGGGAGAGGCCCGGGAUUCCUCAGUAAAAACAAUGGGGGCCCCGCCUGCGCAUGUUGCCCGAGCCUGGUUACAGCAUUAACGGGAUUGUGUCACGAUUCCAGUGAAUUCCUGCUUUCUUGGCAGCAUUUAAACCAAAUGCUACUGCUUCCCUGAGUAGUGUUCAGUGAAUUAGAUCUGGACUAACGUGAUUUCAUUUGCACAGAAACUAGAAAACCCCAUCCGGGCACUCAGCAUCCUUUCUAAUAACAGUUUGAACAAACCGCCUAGCUUUGUGGGUUUUGUAAGACUCAUAAAAAGCACUCAUGGAGAAUAACUUCCCGAAUGAUCGAUUUGAGACCAACAUCUAUUGCGAGCAUGUGGAUGGAAGGGUGGGGCUUUAAGGCACUGAGUCCAUGUUGCUGUGCCUGGUCCUUAGCAGCAGCGAACAUGAACUUGGCUCCUGGAAACACCGUUCUCUCAUGCAGGAGAUGGAGGCAGAGGCAUGUGCAGGCAGGCGAGAUGCUCCUCUCUGCUUCCCCCGGUCACCGUCUUACCACAUUCCUCCGACAUUCAGCUUCUCACUGAAGCACUCUGUAGAAGGUGAGGUGGAACAUCCUUUGACCUCGCCAGUUGGCAUGUGUCCUGCUUCGUAACAGGGGGUUUCUACAGAUGGCUUUGUCUCUCGGAAUUCACACCCUUGCUUUACCUAAUGUCAGCUCUAGCAGCUUCACGCACCUUUGCUGCCUUUGGCCUCAGCUGGAAAUGCAUCUGAUGAGCUAUGGCCACACUCUUUGUUUCUUGUGCACUAGAACGCAACACCAUAGACUUUCCUUCUCAAUGGACUCUGCCCACUUGUCAUCUGGAAGCCAGUGGGAUUUUACCACAGAAAGAUACUGGGCGAUGACUGUUCUUCCCUCUGCUUCUUCUGGACAUGCUCCUGUUAUCCAGACUCCAGGAACCUGGCCUUACCCAUUUUUCCAAAUCGGAGAGACUCGGGUAUUUGUGGAGGGGUGAGUGGGCUAUUGUAGACAUGAUAGCACGUGCUUUCCUUUAUACCUCUUUAAGCAGUAGAUGAGAUCUUUCCCCUGGAAGAAAUGGUAGAGGCGGAGUUUUGUUUCUGCAUAUAGAAGGUCUAACUCAAAACAAGCAAUGGCCAAAUCCACCCCGAGUUACCUCAUUAUAUUCACUAGGAAGACCUUCCUCUUCAGCUAUUUUAUGGCAGGUGCCAAGAACACUGAGGCUUCCUCUUUGGGAUUACUUCAAUAGCCAUCAAUUCCGAGAGGCCUCAUAACUUUAUCAGCGGGCCUUGUUUAGUUUCUUACCACCACCCCCUACACACACACACACACACAAAACUACUGCUACCUACCAAGGCAGUACCAAGUUCCACCACCCAUUGUAUUUACCAGACGCAAUGCUCUUUGGCUAUUAAUAAUUAUAGACCUAUCAUAAAGGACAAAGAUUUGCCCAUCCUGAAGAAGCAUCUAAGUUCAAAAUUUCCAAGGAAGAUUCUAGAAAUGUGAGUUGGGUUAGCUACACUGGAGUAAACAUACGCUUUCCUUAAGGUAUCUACUUUGAAGGCACCACUACCCAAUAGGCACAUAAUUCCUGCACUCUACUGUUAAGUAUAAAAUGUAUAUAAAGCAAAAUGAUAAUUUUUUUCACAACACACAUUUAGAUAGAAAUUGGCCUUUAAAAUUAGUUAAAACAAGAUUUCACCAACUGACAGUCAUACACCUGAAAAUGUUGGUCCCAUGUGACAGCAGUCAUACCUCACUGCUAUAGUUCCUAUGCAGUCUCACCCCUGGGUGCAUGCCACUAAACUGUAAUCUGAGUGUGUGUCUAUACCAUUGAAAAAUGACAGUUCACCCUUAUAGACUAAGACUGGUAUCUUCUCCUUAGCACUCAGGGGUGACUUUAAAAGAAGGCUAGUUAUAUUCUGUUCCUGCUGGAAGAGGUCAGAUGGGAGCCAGGCAUUGGCCCCUGAGAAGCUGAUAGAUAUCAGAACACUGAGAGAUGCCCAGUGUUUAGCCCAAGCCUCUUCUCAUUGAUCGAAGUCCAUCUAGGCCCUACCUGAGCAGAGCAGCUCGGAGUGUUUCCAGAUUCCUUUGCCAAAGGAGGCCCAUUUCCCAGCUGGCAGAGAUGUCUGCCAACGGUGUUAUUGCCCAGAGCUACCUGCCUAGAGGCAGAGAAAGCUGACUCUCACCUGGAUCCUAGCCCCACUCUGGGAUUUCCAUACCACAGCUGGCCAUGGUCGCUUCCUUGAGUCUCAGCUCUGUGGCCCCGCCAUACUUGCCACGGCUGCCUACACUUGUUGGAAAGAACAAAGGGAUGCAGAGCAGGAGUCUGGCCCUGGCUCUCCCAACACAGCUGGGCACCUGAGCUCUGUGUCUCCAUCUUCCCAUUCUGUAGACAGGGAAAAUGGCCUAUUUCAUUUACCUCAUGGUGCACUCUGAGGCUGAAGUGAGUUACAAAGCACAGCUGUCUGUCUGGGAAGAGGUAACAGACGCCUCCCAGUGUGGUGUGUUUCUCAUUGCUCCUGAGAGAGUUAAGAAAGGAAGAGGCUAUGUAUUCUUGGCCUUAGCAAGCUCAACGGUAGUAGGGGCCCCAAGAUACAGAGCGCACUUAGAGGCCUUCCUUCUAGACAGAGGUACUUCACAACAUGAAAGGAGUAAGACAUCCAAAGAACCUUCUAGAGGUUCCCUGCAUAACCUGAAAUCCUUGACUCAUGUAUGCCAACACCAAGUCUUCCUCUGUAAUAUAGAUUCACAGUGUGUGUGUGUGGUCUUUCCGCUGUCUGGUAGCAACAUCUUGAAACUGGUCAAAACUUGAAUGUCAAUAGCUGAGUCACUCAGAAUAUACAUGAUUCUGCACUUGGG